AUGGAUACUGCAGACAAUCUCAAUCAUCGAUCGAUGCUGGCGAUUCUUGCUCCGGCACUGUCACUCUUGGCUCUGAUGCUAUGCAUUCCUCCAAUAGCAUGGCAUUUGUCAAACCGCAAUUGGGGUGCCUCUUUCCUAGUCGCAUUUGUCAUAUACAGUGAUAUUAUCAACAUAAUUAAUGCUCUGAUCUGGCCGACUGACGAUGUCGAGUCAUGGUGGAAUGGCUACGGGUACUGCGAUGUCCAAGUCAAACUCAGCAUCGCAUCGCAAGUAGGUAUGCCGGGAGCCUUACUGUGCAUCUUCCGCAGCCUUGCCAUAGUGAUGGAUGUCGAUAACGCCGCUCUGGUGCCUACUCGAGCUCAACGACUGCGCAACAAGGCCUUCAACGUCAUUUUUUGCAUAGGGCUGCCGGUUCUGGCCAUGAUAGCCCAUUUCGUCGUUCAAGGAGGCCGAUACUACAUCUUUGCUAUCACUGGAUGCAAUGCAUCUUUUGAUCAAAGCUGGCCUACCAUUGCAUUGUCGUUUGCAUGGCCUCCCGUUAUUUGCAUUGGUGCUGCUUGUUACUGUGUACUUAUUAUCGUUCGCCUCGUCAAGUACAAGUCGGAGUUUUCUACGAUACUUGGUGAAUCAAGAAACAAGCUGUCGAGCCAACGGUUCACAAGACUCUUCGGUCUCUCUGCACUCAUGAUUCUAAUCAUCUUGCCUCUGCAAACCUUCGUCUUCUACACCAACAUUAUAGCCAUGAUUCCGCUACAACCGUACUCCUGGAAGACGUUGCAUGGCGCUGCCCUGGGGACGAUCACAAAAGUUCAAACCCAUGGCACCGUCAAAUACGAUCGUUGGAUUCCAAGUGCUUUGAGUGUGUUGAUAUUUGCCUUCUUUGGCCUGGGGCAGGAUGCCGCGAACAUGUAUCGCUCAUUCCUCAAUGUUGUUGGUCUGAAGAAAUUUCCUUCGUCGUCCUCGAGUCGUGGAGCUUCAUUUUCCUACGAGGGCAAGCUCGAUUCCUGGUACGACUCGUUACGGUCCAAGAGUAAUAGCUGGCUUCUUGGCUCGAGACGGACAAGUAAAGGGACCAAUGCCAUAUCAGUCAGCUCCUCGCAUACAAACACGACUAUGUCAGGUGGCCUUGAUGGAGACACACUUACCCAUGCGGCCGGUUCGCGAGUGAGUGCAAGCAGCCCGAUGCACCUGCCAACUCCUGGUUCCAUGGUUGUUGGCAGCAUACAUCCGAAAGACGAUUGCAACGUUUAA